AGCAUAGGAUUAGGGAGGCUCAGAAUCGGCAAUGGCAAAGGAAUCUUAGAAAUUCUCUUUGAGAAAAUUCUUGAAAAUUUUAGUCAAUGGUUGAAAAUUUCCUCAGAUUAAGGAAUAACUGAAGUAAGAGUGGCCAAUAUUUUAUUACCACAAGUGGAAACAUCGUCACGAAAUCCUGACCAUUCUGUGUCCUGACCAUGCAAAUUCUUAAUUGGUUGCACUUGAUUGCAAAAGUUUGUGGCCGAGCCAUUUAGAGACUAGCAGAUAAUAUUUUAUAAGCUAGACAUUCAACACGAUAUGCAAAAUUCUCAUAAUUUAGAAGAAUCGUUACGAGAGACAGCUUGCUUGGGGGAUGUUGACAAGGUUGGGGUGCUUGUCGGUGCCGGCGUCGAUGUAAAUUCCCAAAAUGGAGUGAACGGUUGGACUGCACUACACUGGGCAGCUAAAAGGAGCCACAAGCAUGUUGUUUCAUUUUUGUUGCAAAGCGGAGCUAACCCGACUAUCAGGUCACACAAGAAUGAACUUGCAGCCAAUGUCACGCAAAGCGAAGAGAUCAAGCGACUUUUGUCGGGGGAAGGAAGUGAACAUGUGAAAGAUAAUGGUGGUGCUGAUCAGUUAUCAGCAGCUUGUCCAGGUAAACAAUGAUGGGGUCAGAAUAUUGAGUCUCUAUAACCUGAUGAACUAACCCAUUAAGCGCCAGCACUCGAGAUCCCCUUGACGAUUGCAAGUAAAAUCGUCUGGUGUUAGACAGAGUAAAAUAAUAAAGUAGGGCACAAUGCAACUCAAUGGGUUAACUAGACACAUGGACAGAUAGGCUAGUUAACCUAUUAAGUGCCAGUGCUCUCCCCUUGACAAGUAAAAUUGUCUGGCGUUAGACUGAGUAAAAUAACAAAGUAGGGCGCAUCUGGGCACAUUGCCAAUUAAAGAGUUAAUCAUUAAAGAGUUAAUCAAGUCUAACUCACAGGUGUUUUUUGCAUGCGAUGUCAAUAUAAACUUGGAAUCCGGUUUUGUAAUCUCUUAAUAAAACCCUAACCUGCAAUAUGAAUCCCCAUGAGUUUGUAGAAUAUAGGAUAGAGUUGUUGUGCUUGAAAACACAUGCAAAAGUAGAGAGAGGAGGUGUGGGAGGGGGGGGGGGUGACCAUUGGUCAUAGUUAGGGGUGCAACCUUCAACCAAGUGCGUAAUCACUAGAGGGAGGUAUGGACAACAAUCUUCUAGGGAACUGGCAAUUUUGGUACGAUAAUAUUUGCUUUUCAAAUAAAAAAUGGAUUUGAUAAAGAAAUUGACAUAUCCCUCGUAACCCCUUUGCCACAGAGCACUGCACCCCACCCCCCACCCCCCCUCGGCCAGCAACUCCAUCUCUGGAUUUGUUGUUGGUAAUUGUCUCCAGUUUUCUCAAGGUUCUUCUGGGCCAGUUGUUCAAAGCAGGAUUAGUUUCAUAACCAGUCGUUUUUGUUUGUGUAUUUCUGUACAUCUGUUUACUUCAAUUUUACAAAAUAAAAUGUCAACUGAUCCAGACAAGAUUUUUGGAAAAAUAUUUUCAAGUUUAUAAACAAGGUGUAAAUUGGGAAGAUUCUUUGACAUUUUUCAUUAAACUAGGAUUUUAAAGCUAACCGGCUUUUGAACGUACAACUUGUCUCAGAGCCUCAGUGGCUUCAAUGGUGAAAGGUGAAACUAAUACUGCAAUUAAGUCUACUAGCUUGUAUCAUUUAGCCACAUGUGGGGUUAAGUUCAAAUGUCUUACAAUGUGAGUGCUCAGGAGAUCAAACUCACCUACCAUAAACCUCCAAAUAUAAGCCCCCCCCCCCGUGUAUAAGCCAAACCACAUGUAGUAAGUGAACGCCACCGCCUCACCUCAUUCCAAAUUUUAGCCCCCCCUGAAUAUGAGCCCACCUGAAUAUAAACCCACUUGUUUAUCACUAUUGUUUACCACUAUUAAUCACUAUAAUUAUUGUUUAUCACUAUUACACUAACACAAAAGAUCGUCCAUGUAUAAGCCCCCCUCCCGUAUAUAAGCCCCCCUUGUAUAAGCCCAUCAAAAAUCGCUUACGAAAGAGUAUAAGCCCAGGGCUUAUAGUCUGAGGUUUAGGGUAUAUGCUUUAUUCAUACAGUACUCUAAUACAUUUUCACUCAUCUUACUACUGCUUACAAUACAGCACAAUUAAGUUAAUACCGACGAUAUAUGUUGUGGUGUGAGUUGACUUGUAGGAACUCUAAGGGCAAUUAUAACCACACCUAUGUGCUGAGUGUCGGAUUAACCACAUGGCAGAAGCAGCAUAUAUCACACCGGCGCUUUUAAACCAACUAAUCAAACAUAUUUGCUUUUCACACACUAUACUAAUUUUAGUUCAAAUUAUUGAUGUAUAUUUCAUUUUUUUGUAAAUUAUACACAUGCGGCUUUUUAACGCAUGGAAUACAAAGGGUAUUUUUUAAUUGUUCUGAAUUCAGUUUUUUAAAUGCCAUUGGGUGGGGGUGGGGGAGGUAAAGGGGCCCAUGCUCAUAAUAUGCCAUAGACCCCACAGAACGUUAAUACGGCCCUGACCUCGUGUACAUGUAAUCAACAUUCAUUAAAUUAUUUAUUUAUUAUUUAUCACUAGAUGCAGCUUGGCAUUCCAACUCGAAUCAGACACCUCAUGAGGCCAGCUCAGGUGCAGGAUUUGUUCCUAAUUAUCUAAUGAACCCAGAAUUCCCAUAUUUGGAAAGUGCCACAGAAUUUGCAGUUAGACAUGGUAUUCAGAAUACUGGCCAUGUAAAGCAGAAUGAUGGUUUGGCAAAUUCUGGUCAGGGUGUCAAAAAUAACGAGUCCCACUUUGCUGACAAUAUCCAAAUUGCAGCCUCAGGUGAGCGAGCAUGUUCUACACCUUCUACAGACGAUUCUGUGUUGGUGCUAAAGUGUCGUCUUGUAGAAUCGGAAGAGACAGAUUUUAUCGAAGUUGAACUCGAUCACAAGUGCUUAAACUUUGAGGCUUUAGUUGAGAAAUGCACGAGUGAACUAAAUAUCGACAGAGCGAGAUUGAAAAAGAUUAGGAAAUUGCCAAACACUAUCAUUAGAAAUGAUCGAGAUGUCAAACGGCUAGUUCAAUAUCAAGAAAUAGAAAUAGUUAUUAAUUAA